AUGGCAGUGAGCGGUCAUGAUAGAUUGGGAUGGGAACGCCGAUCGUCAGAGUUCCUCAUGGAGAAAAUCCACACGCUGAACCCGCUUUUCCGAGACGAGGGGCUGCCAGCGCAUCCAGAUCUUCCUCGGCUGCGCGAUCCUGCAAGUAGAAAUGAGUUGCAGAACUCCUCCAUAGGCGCCUCCACAAACGUUCAUGACAUGAAGCGAGUACGUAACGAUGGGUACCCAAGUGAAGAGAACAAGGCAGCCAAAGAUGUAAUUCGGACCCCUGACAGUCCACCUACUGAUCACAAUUCCGUUCGAUCGUCCGGCUACGGUUCGAAAGAAAACGAUUCAGCCUCUGACAUUUCUGAGCAUUCCGGUGAAGAGUCUGAUAAUGAGUCCAAUAAUGACGUGAUUGAUAAUAUUACCAAUAAUAGAGGCCAUCGUAAACGUAAGAAGAAGAUCGAUAAUGAAAAUCAUCUUUUAUCUACCAAAACUGGAGUCAAAUCUGGAGUGUUGGAGCAAUCGGGAGUUAAUGGCUCGGAAUUUUUGUCAGCGGAGAAUCUUUUCAUAAAUUCCAUUAAAUUGGAAGAGAACUCGACACUACUUCCGACGGUUUCUCAACUGAGGCGCUCGUUUGAAGAUAUAGCGACGAAAAAUAAUGCAAAAUUGUGUGACUCGGUUAAUAACUUGCCUUUGGAUUACCACAGGAAUCCAAAAUAUGUUGAAUCUAUUCAAGUUGGCGUACGUCGAGCUAAAUCUUUAGAAAUUGUAAAAGAAGAUGAAACUCUCACUAACUCAGAGCAUCACGCUAAGGCAGCUAUACCAUCUCCGAUUUGGCCAAGAGUCAGUCAUAUAACAGAAACUCUUGAACGGCAAGCUAGCCGCAUCAGUUCCAGACGCUUGGCAGAUGCCGAAAGGCCCCGAAGAUCGUCGUCUUUGGACAUUAGGCCGAAAGGACAAGUCCUGAGAUUCAACCCCCUUGUCAGUGUUGUUACUCAAGAUUCUCGGUACGUUACAGCGAUUUCUGUUUCUCCAAGACGAUCUAACCAGACAACAACGUUCAACAUUGCAUCUACAAAUGAGCAAAUAACUUAUUUCAAUGAAGAGUUGGAGAGUAACAAAAACCUCGAUGACUUCGCGCCAGGAGACGACAGACUUACUCGUUACUUUAAUAGUGGCCUUUCCAACAGAGGAUAUUUGGGCUCUACUGAAUAUCCCAUUAUGUCUCUGCAACCAGAUUCAUUAGUUACAGAAGAUACUUUAAAAAUGAUGACCUAUCCAGAAUAUACUGGAAAUUCCGGUGCGCUAUCUUCUCCGAUUCUUCCUUCAAAUGAAAAACAUAAUGACCUCAGUCAGGUCAUGUACACUAGGGGCUUAUAUGCCACUUUGAAUAGAAAUGCAUUACUACAAAAUAAUAAUUUAAUGAAUGCUCCUUUCAAAACUAGGAGAGAUAAACGUUCCAGAACACACUCGCAUAGGACCUCUCAGGAUGGAAGCAACACACGCGUGAAGAAGAAAGGAAUGGACACUGUUAGAAAUCUAUGGGAGAAAUCGGGCUUGAAACUAAACGGCCGUAAGCUUUUAGUCAAUAUAGAAAGUGAAGCAGACGAAAACCAAGAAAUAGCAGAGCAAAACCACUCCAUCAAUGAAUGGUACGAAUAUGGUUCGUCAGAACGAGAUAGCAGUCAUUACGAAUAUGUUUCUGAUGUUGAUGCUCUUGACGAUGAAGAAUUCAUUCCUUCCCUUUCAAGACGAAGAAACCCAUCAAACGAUGAUAGGUCUCUUAGUUCAAAAUCAGUAUCAUCCCGAAAUCGUCCAAUGAUAACUCCUAAUUUCGAAAAUAUUACACAUUUAAUCGAAUCAAAACAAAGCUCGUCUCAAGCAAGUAGCAGAAAAUCCAUUGAAAAUUUUGCCAUGGAUAAUUUAGCAUUCACAUAUGACAACGGUGAUCGAUCGAAUCCAUACCACAUUACUUAUAGAGCAUCAAAUCACGUUCAAGGCCAAAGUCGGACAGAAAUUUAUAAUAAAAUAAAGGUUCAUAAAUCUAUGAGCGGAAAAUCAAGUAUUUUAAAGAACACCGACUCCAUAAUUGGGCCCAUGUAUCACUCCGGAAAUGAUGAGUCGGGAAAAACGGAUCAGUUGGUUGAUCGAAACGAAAACGAGUACUCAGAAUUGAAGGAAAUUGUCAUCGAUGCCAACUCGUUAGCGCGACACAUUGUACCGCAGGGUAACAUUUAUUCAACUCGAGAAAGCCACGAAACUACGAAAGAAGGAAGCCUCAGUAAGACCAGUACCUCGGCUUGGAUUACAUCUUCUUUUGGAGCUCGUGGUUCAUUGCAAAAAACCGGCCAAGGCAUUUCAAAACCCAGAGACCCUCACCCGAACGAUCGAGUUAGUGAGGCUAUCACCCAGAUCAAGCCUGACAAGAAUCUCGGACCAGCAAACAUGUCCUCUUCAUUACACCCAGUCCCUGCCUUGGAAAUAUCUCGUGAGACCUCAACGAUCGAUUCAUCUGGAGGUUCUGCAAGCGCCCCCUCAGUUUAUAAUGUUUCAGACCAGCCUGCGGAGAAUGGCAUGACAACGCAACCUAACCACACAGCUGUCAAUAUCGAUACCGUUGAUGAUCAUCUUAAUGAGGGGCUAUUCUGGAACAUCGUUAGGUUUCUUCAAACCAGAAGAGACAGCGGGAAUAUUACACAAAAUCAGGCCUCGAACGAGACCCAGAAACCAGCAGCUGAGAAGCGCUAUGAAGAUUACAAGAAGAGCGCCAAGAAUAACUAUGCUCGUAAGCUAUCGCCUCAUCCGAACAGCGGUGCUCAAAAUUGCAGGGUGGGAGGCGCGUUGUGCGCGGACUUCACCCUCGACGGGGCGGCGGCUCGGGAGCAGCACAGAAGAUCGCGUGCCGCCAAGCGCAGGAAGAAGCUGUGCCGCACUAUCAGUGCGCUGCUGGCCUUGCUCGUGUUCGUUGCUGUCGUGGUCGCCGUGUCGUGGUACAUCACGGGAGGCCGGCGCGUUUUUGGACCCAUGUAAUAUCUAUCUUACGGCUGCUAUUUAUUCACAUUCCAAUAGCUUUGGUUUACAUGCUUAGACGGUGACUGUUUUGUAGGUUCUACCCAAAUGCCAUUCUACGGAGACGGCAUGAAUAUUGGUUAUCUUUAUAAGGUUUUAUGUCUGGUCGCUCGAAUGGCGUUGGUGAGGACAGCUCAUUCAAUUCCAUGUAAAUAUUUGGCAUGAAAAUCCCUGCUGGUAGGUUUUAACUGCAUUUGUUCGUGAGGUCAGGAAUAAAUUGAUUGCUGAGGAGCACACGCACGAGUUCUGUUUACGUUGGUUUGCGGAAGAUAUUUUUUAUGUACAAAAUUAUAGAGGAAGGUUCAUGCUAGAUUUUAUUUGCACAAAUGAAAGCUGUAGUGUGUACGUAGGUGUGCGGCUUUUAGCCUGAUAUUGAAUGUGUGAGUAAAGAUAAAUUGUCUACAAUUUUACUCAAUCUUCAUGUAUGCGCUCCUGUUCUGACAUGGAACGGAUCUAAAAUCAGUUUUAAUCAACACAUAAAUUGAAGCUUUAUUGUGUUGUUAUUUAUAACCUGCGAAAAAAUUGUUGGUAAGUUGUUACGUAAUUGCUGUGACUAUUAAAUUUUAACUGGACCAGUGA